AGAGAGAGGAAAGCAGCUUUAAUUGCGGGGCAGAGAGAAAAGCCAGCGAUGGCUUCGCUCAGGCAGGAGCACCGCUAUGGGCUCUCCUGUGGAAAAAAUAACAGAAACAGCCCCAGCAGGACGCUGUACCAUGUCAAGCUCACGGACACGGCUAUCAGGGCGCUGGAGGCUUAUCAAAACCUCAAGGGAUCUUUACCAAGUGAACCAUCAAUCUGUUUCAAAGGAAACCAAGGGUACAUCAAGAUCCCAGCUCCCACCCCAGAGUCACUGUCUGCUCUCCGCGUCUUCUCGUUCUACUUAUCCAGCGACAGCAAAGACCAGCCUCAAGCCAGCUUCGAUUGCAUCCAUCAAUAUGUUUCAAGUGAUGGCCGUGAGCAGCUGGAAGGUCAGGGCGUCAUCCAGGAUAAGAUCACUGUGUGUGCCACCGACGACUCCUACCAGAUGACCCGAGAGAGGAUGUCUCAGGUGGAGAAGGACAGCUGGAGCCGCUCAGCCAUUGAGAUCAAACCUGGAGCCACACAUCCAAGUAAAUGUGUCAAGUUCCACAAGAGGCCAGCUCCUCCUUCUGCAUCAGACAGCAGCUUCUAUAAGCCGUCUACCAACAACCGGAGGAAUAGCAGUACAGCCACGCCGACCCAGAAGCCACUGAGGGAGCGUAUCAUCCACCUGCUGGCUCUCAAACCCUACAGGAAACCAGAGCUGCUGCUGUGGCUGGAAAGAGAAAGAGCUGGCCCCAAGGACAAGGCCGAGCUGAAUCCUGUACUGGAGGAGGUGGCAAAAGUGAAUCCCAAGGACAGCAGCUACCUGCUGAGGGAUGACUUCUACAAGCACGUUCAGAGGGACUGGCCAGGCUACAGCGAGGAGGAGAGGCAGCUAAUUGGCAGGCUGCUGACCAGGAAGCUGCAGCCGCAUAUUAGCAACCACACAAGAAAUCUACAAGCCAACGUGUCAAUAUUGAAGACCUCAGAGGAUCCGACACUACAUCACAGCACGCUGAAAAAUCCUGCAGUGAAACGCCCCGUGCCUUCUGACUCACUGGAAAGGCUAGCUGUUAAAAGACAAAAACUCGUGGACCAGAGGUUGCAACAGCAGCCCACUGUAAAUGGACUCUUGAACAAUAAAGGAGGACACGACAAUGCAUCUCAUACCCCCAACCCCAGCUUCCACACAAAGACUGAGUUUCAAAGGACAACAAGCCAUACUGGUAACCAGAAUGGCUCACCAGGGGGCCACAAUGGCUUAACUCUAAUGCACCUGUCCAGCACCUCUGACACACCUGUCUCAGAGAGCAGGGUGCAAGAACCCAAAGUAAGCAGCCAUCAGCCGCCGCAGGGUGACUCUGACUGCGCUCACCAGCAGCUCGCAAACAGCCAGCACAGAAAGAAGAAAUCGAAAAAGCACAAAGACAGAGAGCGGGAGAGGUUAAAAGACAACCAGGCCACUGACUGGUUGGAGACAAGUCCUGAUCUUAAGCAGAACCCAGACAAACUUGACAAUCCUGACAUCAGAAACGCUGUGGCCUCUGAGGAGAAGCCAGAUUAUGUGCUCACUUACGGCACCAUAAUGAGCUUGGAGCAACGUCAGAGGUACCAGGAAGAUUUCUGCGCUGAGUAUGAUGAGUACAAAGACCUCCACUCCAGGAUCGCCACCAUAACUCACAUGUUUGUCCAGCUAGGAUCCAAGAUCAAGAGCCUGUCCCCUGGCACACAAGACUACAAGGUAAUGGAAGACCAAAUACUAGAAAAGUACAACAAGUAUCGAAAGAAGUUCCCAGGCUAUCGGGAGGAGAAGAAACGCUGCGAGUAUCUCCAUGAGAAACUGUCAUAUAUCAAACAGCUCAUCAUAGACUAUGAUGUCUCUCAGGCUUCUUCAUAGCAUAGGCUCUCCCCCCUCACAUGUUGACAUCAGAUUUUUUUUUUUUAUGCAAGCCCCUUCAGUGCAUAAACAGCACAGGCAACAAACAAAAAGCGUUGUUACCUGCGAGGGAUAUAAAAGGUUUUGGAUGAAACUGCAGUCAACACAGGCUGCUUCUGCUGGGACCAUGGAUGAUGCUCUGAGCACCAAUAAUUAUAAGUCAAGAACAGAUUUCACUUUGGUAUUUGUAAGUCUUACUUGUAUUGAAGUUAUCAUCUCUUUCAAAUGUUAUGUUAAUGUGUAAGUCCAGGGGAGAAACAAAGGUAGUUUUGGGAUCAUGAGAUUUGUGCAUCUGUGUAUAUCACAGUGCCAUGACAGACAGUUUCCCUAAUAGUUUUUGCCAGCCUUGUUAAAACCAGUGUCAGUGUAAGCCAUUAUGUCAGAAAUACAUAAAAGGUAGCAAAUAUGACAUGAACUUAUUCACUUUUCACUUUUGACACAUUAAGUCAAACAUUGCUCACAUAUUGAGAUUUCAGUGUGCAGCAUAGGAAAGAGUGUACUUUUAAAAAUUCCAUAUCAAUGUUGCCUCAUGUGUGAAGCAGCCCACUGCAAAAAAAAAAAAAAAAAAAAAGAUUUCAUCUCAGAUUCAGUCUUCAUGUCUUAUUAUGCAAAUGGGGUGAGAUAGCUCCACUUGUUCCUGAUGCAGUUUCCCUUAAAUCAUUCAGGCAAGUUUAAAGUAAUCACUGCAUUAACAUCAAGAUACUGGCAUCUGGCGAGUACUGGCAAGUCUUAAAGAAGUUAUUUUAUCGGAAACAAGUGAAAUAAUCUCAUCCUCUUGGAGAAGUAAGGUAAUUAGGUCUUAAUAAUAUGCAAAAUUAUGCAUUCACAUUGCAUUCUCAGAAUAUUUUGCAAUAUAACCAGUAAAUGGGUACUAGUGUUCACUUGGAUUCAUCUGGUUAGCUUGUUUCAUGAAUGGAGCAUGUGGUCCUGACUUAAUGCAGACUAAAUUCAAAAUCUUAAAAUACUUUCUAACAUUUUAAAAGCAGCUCAAUAUAAUGAUAAAAACUGGAAAAUAUUCAAUGGCUGGAUUAUGUUCAUAUUUGCAGGUUCACAUAGAACAUGCUGUAGUACAGUACAAUGAGUUACGUGCUGUCUCCCAAAUGCACUUGUGUCUAUCUAUAGUAUUUAUUCACCACACCCCUUUCUUUUGAAUGAUUGGUAAAGGGACCAAAAGUCUUGGCCUUAAUGGCUGAUGCAAUAACUUGGCGAGGAAAGACAAUUUUCCUCCCAAAAGCAGUUAUUAACAUUGUUAAUCAGGCGCCAAGUCUAGUUUAAAGUAUUUGAAAGAUGUGUGUUUCUCUUUUGCUUAGAACUACUGAUGUAUUUAUUUUAAGCCAUCUUCCUCUAUCCUGUGUUGCUGGUCUCCUCAGCUUGAAGCGUCAGAUCUUGUUAGAUCAAAGUGUUUGUAUCCAAGAGGCUCGAGGGGGGAGUGAGGUGGGAGAGGUUUUGAGUUGUUGAUGAAAUGUUCGGCUAACAUAUUAUGUUGUAUGUUUUGUCUCCAUCUGACCUGACGAACUGGUGUAGAAUCACUGGGUUAAAGCUGCCCCACAGUCCUAUAAAUAUUAACUUUCAAAUGGCACAGAAGGGCCUCAAGUGGGAGGUUGGCGGCCACCUCACCAAAAACAAACAAACAAAAAAAUCACACUACGAGAAAGGUGCAAAGCAUGAUGGUACAUUACACAUUUGUUUGCAUUUGUUUUAUUCAAUUCAAUUCAGACAGCACUACAUUACAGGGAACAACACUAAGUUGGGGACUAAUUUCAUAAUCAUCUCUAGAUUGUUGGUCUUCAUGGAAAUAUGGCAUCAUGUUUGUAAUAAGUGUACAUUUGCUACGUCAUAAUCAUUUUGUGGUACUCGGGUGUUUUAAAUACUAGCCUGAAGGGGUUUAUCUCCUUCAGUUUCCAGUUCAUAAUCAAUGCCCAUUCAGGUUUUUUGCACUAAACCCAGUUCGAGGAAAGGAGGGGGGCAGCGGGCUCGUGAAAUUUCCGUUCAGAUUGUAAUUGUUCAUCGUUGUUGCAGUUUUUGUACUGAAUGUUAAUCACAAAGUCAGUGACGUACGUAGAAGCCUUAAGAUUACAUUUUUACAGGACAAAAAACUGCCAAUAUCAACACAGUUAUUAUUCACAUUCAUCUGUUAUCUGCCUUAUAUUACUGUUAGCUAUUAAACCUGUCUUCGCCACUUCACUGUUCAAAUGAAUGCCAACAGUGGCUUUCUCGUACAUUUGAAUAUUACUUUUUGGAGGAAAUAUUUCAUAAUGUAUUUUUAAAAUAUAUGUAGUGGACACUUUGAUUUGCUGUGAUGGCAUAGCUUACUCAGCAGUUGCAUUUGUAAUCCCUCUGGUACUCUGUUUUUAAAUCAUCAGUGAGGCAUAUCAUCAGGAAUAUAACUGUGCUUUAUACUACCACAGAUAUUUCUGUUUGCGUCACAUCUGAAUCAGCUCUGAUCAUAUGGUAUGAUUGAAGUAAUUUCUGCUCUAUUUUAAGCACAAAAAAGAAAUCUAUUGAGGGAAUAACAAUAUUCAGUCACUCUCAGGUAGAGGGUGGUAAUUAUGAUAUAUUUCAUGGGGGGGGGGGUAUCAAGUGGUUGAUUGAAGACCAUCAUUUUCUGUGGGUUAUUGAGCUUGAUGGAUACCAUAAUUAUCUGUGAGUUAUUGAAUAUGAUGAAAGAAUCACUGGUUUUCAAGACAGAAUAUUUCUUUAAAAAUCACUAAAUGAGUUUUAUUUAUCUGUGUAAGUCUUAAUCACAAGCUACAAUUAAAGGUUCAUAAGGUGUUUUGUGUUUUUGGACUGGUGCUGAGCAUCUACAAGGCACCUGUGUGUACUGCACAGUAGGGAAGGCCUCGUCUUAGUCACAGAGGAGUCAGAGAGCAUUAUGAACUGCAUUUUACAAAUGUAUACUUUCUCUUUUCCUGUUGUGCAAAGUUCAAAAGAAUAAAAACAUGAAAGUGAA